AUGUAUCGUGCCGAGGGAAGCGCCAUCCACCGAGUCGAUCUUCUAGCCUCGAUUCUCCUCGCUUGCUUGGUGCAGAUCUGCGUCUCUCUUGAGCUACCGCAGCUGGCGGGUGACACAACCUCCUCCGACCUCGACGUCGAGCAUGGCGACUCCGCGCCUGACAGUCGGCUCCAAUCUGAAGCGCGGGCUCUGGGCAAGGAUCGGCCCAAGUUGACCGGGUUUUCCGAACUUCAGUUUCUUGGCACCGGGACGUCUGGACGCGCGACGGAAGCUGACGACGUGUUUCUAUGGAGCGUUGGCAACGUCACUCAACCUGCGAGGUCCCCCUCGACUAAAGUCCGUUUUCAGAGACACUUUCCAGGUGUGAAAGGAAUCCAGGGUUCUGUUUUAGGGCCGUUCACAGAGGCUGAUCAAACCUUGGUGGACUGGUUGGCGACCACCCCCGUGGUUUUGUGCAGCGAUGACGUCAUGUUUUUCACCGCCUCCGGAGAAGGGCUGGCACACUUGUUUGUGGACAGAGAGGGCGCCGCUCCCAUCUCUCUGCUCCACCUUCCUUCAUACUGUGGUUAUUCUGUGAAGUCAUUGAGUGAGGACCUUCAAGUGCUGGCAGCAUAUGAUGCAUGUUACAUUAUACAGGAGAAUGGCAGUUAUGUUUUGCCCUUGCUCUGGUCUGGAAGCCCGCUGAAGCUCUCCUGCCCCAUGGAGAUGCCCACGCCUGCACCGUCUCCAUCUUCAAUGGCUCCCUUGGUUUUCUGCUCUCCAUAUGGGAUGGCAGUGCAGAUAUAUGAGAAGGAAGAGGAUAUUCUGCUGCUGGGAGUUAUAGUGAACGGAGACUGGGUUCCAUUUGUGUCUGCGGACUGUGCUUACCGUAUAAACUCUGAACCUGAAGAUUUUAUAUUUUUCAUUCCCUUUGUGGCUCCUUGUGCAACAGUCAAAGACGAAGUUUAUAUCCAAUUAGUGAGUCAGCAGGAAUACAUCCUGUUGUGUCCUGCGCCUCCUGGGCUUGUGCAUCCCCCUCAUUUUCCACCACAUCACACUCCCGAGCUCCCUCAAGCUCCAUACCAACCAGUUCAGUAUUCUCAACUUCCCCAGAUAUUGCUUCAUGAGCAACAACCCAUCACAUCACCAUUGCCUAUUGUUGUCAGUCCUCCAGGACCACAGCCUCAACCGGUCACUCAAAGGCCAAUAGAUCCAUCUAAACAUCCUGCUGCAGAGUCCCCUAUUAUCCCAGUGCCAGUUCCCGAGUACCCAUCCGUCUCACAGGUGCCGUCCAUCCCUGAGACUCCGUUGGCCCCAAAGGUGCCACCCAUCCCAGAGUACCAGUCGGCUUCAAAAGUGCCAUCCAUUCCUGAGACUACAUCAGCACCAAUGGUGCCUUCCACCCCUAGGUACCAGCCAGUUACGCAGGUAACAUCUGUCCCAGAGCAACAGCCAGUUACUCAGUCGCCAUCCUUGCCCGAGCACCCAUCAGUGUUGCAGGUGACAUCUGUCCCUGAGCACCAGCCAGCUCCGCAGUACCCAGUGGUCCCGCAAGUGCCAUACUUCUUUGGGUACCAUUCAGUUCCGCAGCUACCAUACUUCCCAGAGUACCUGUCGGCCCCUCAAGUUCCGUACUUCCCUGAGUACCUGCCGAUCCCACAGGUGCCAUACUUCCCCGAGUUGCCAUUGCACCCUCUGGUGCCAUCCUUCCCUGAAUCCCCAUCGGUGCCGCAGUGUCAGCCAGACAAGAUUUCGGUAUUUCUGCCUUUCGCCCACCCGGACUCAAUCCAAGUCACAGACAAGGAGAACUGGCUGUACAUUUCCAGUGUCGCCCCUCAUUGUCAGUACAUGAUCCAGAUGUCUCAAGGAGCAGGUGUGAGCUUUCAAUCACCAUUGCCAGCUUGCCACAGCUAUUUAGAGAAUUCAAACACUGUUUCUUUACCUGUGAGAUUUUUCAAUGUCUACACGGAGGAAUACCUGUCCCUGGAUCUUCACUGCCCACUCAUUUCAACUCCCCCAUCUGUCAGUCCCCCUACAACUCCCCCCUUUAUUGUCCCAAAGCCUAAGGUCUCCUGCAUGUCCCAUGAGAUGAUUGUGGAGCUCCCUCCUGGGCCCAUGUCUGGAAUAUCUGUUAGAGAUGUCAAAGGAAAUCAAAUUAACCUUAAAGAUGCCUCGAAUUACUGUGGCUACUCUGCAAGCAAGGGACAGGAUGGCAAAAUCCAUUUGAGUCUUCAACUCCAGUCCACUUGUCACAUGAAUGUGGAGAAUGCACGCUGGACCGGCAUUUUGUUUUCUCGGUGCCCGCCACACUGA